AGCUUAGCUAACUGAGUUAUCUACAUGCAACUAAAUUAAAUCUUUACUACUGAACCCUAAAUUUCUUUGCUAUGUUUCUCUAUAUAGUGCACUUCAUAUAGUUUAAAAUGCACUCAGGUGGUAUAAAAUGCCUUUUAAAAUAUUAUCUUUUGCCGUUGGCUGUUACAGAACUAGAAUUCUUCUGUUUUCAACUUGUGCAUUUAAUGUCACAUUGUCAUCCUUAGAGUUCUACUAGUCAACAAAAUAAGUUGCUAUUUGGUGGGGGAGAUUUUAGGGAAACUAUCAGAGAUUAUUGCAGCAAAGAAGGGCAGCAGGAACUGGACAGAGGGCAGCCUUAAGCCACGUGAACACAUGUGACUAGUCCAGGGUAGCAGAAGAUUCAGCAGGGCACCCAGCUGGGAAAAAUUGCACAGGGGAAGAAUCACAUUGAAUUUUAGAAACAGGUAACCUGACUGCGAUACUGUUUAUGAGGUGGUUACAAGUCACACAGCACAGUCUUCCUGUGUGCAGUGUCACCGGCUGCCUGGCUGUGUGCUCUCUAAAGGAAAAGGCCACUGAGGGAGUCAGUUGUCUAAGAAGGGGGUGCUCAGGGCGGGAUACUGACAGCGUUUUUGGAAUCUGGGUUUAAGGGGUAGAAGGAGUGUCUUUCGAUGCAAGAAUCUGACUGAAAUUGGGCAAAUUUAGUAACGUAGUAGAUGAGGUCUUGAAGCAAGUUUUGAUAAGUAAACUACUGAUAAGCAGCAAGUGACCUCUGCCCAGGGAAGUAAUCUUUUCUCAUAGAAGAGCUAUUUGCCCAGAGGAGAAAGCAGGUCAGUAGAUAAGUUAGUUUUCAAGAAUUUCCUGAUGUAAACAGUGAAAUUAUUUAUUGUUAUAUAGCCUUACCUUCUGUAGGAUUACCCACCUAUCCCAGGCACCAAGAGGGUUCUUGAGAUUUAAAAUGAUUCAGGACUUCCCAUUUUAAAGCAGGGACAACAAAUGAGUUAACUGUGAUUUUAAAAACAAAGCUUUGUAAUUUUGAGUGCUGACUUAAUGAAAGUAAUUUUUCCUUUAAGAUACUGUGAUAUUUCCCAGUUUUAUUGCCAUGACACAAAAGCAUCACACUUAUAGAUAACUUGAAAAAAAUUAAACUCCCUCUUUUCCUGGCCUAAAGGAAACCAAUCUGUUAAAUAAACCAUUUAACAGAAAGUGUAGUAGGCUGAAUAACACUACUCUCUCCCCACACCACCUGGAGACAUUUGGUUCCUGAUCCCUAGAGCCUGGGAAUGUGUUACAUUUGAUGGCAAGAGGGACUUGAGAGAUGUGAUAAAGUGAUGGAUUUUGAGAUGGGGAGAUUAUCCUUUAUCUGGGUGAGCCUCAUAUAAUCGCAAAGGCCCUUAUAAGAGGGUGACAGAUGAUCAGAGGAAGAAAUGAUGUCACCGUGAGUGGGAGAAAGGCAACAUUGAUGGGAGCCCAUGGACCAAGGAAUGUGAGCAGCCUCCGGAAGCUGGAGAAGGCAAGGAAACAGAUUCUCCCCUGAAGCCUCCAGAAGGAACCAGUGCUGCAUACACCUAAAUUUUAGCCCGGUAAGACUCAUUUUGGACUUCUGACCUCUAGAACUCCAAGAGAAUGAACUUGUAUUGUUUUAAAUCACUAUGUGGUCAUUUGUUAAAGCAGCAAUAGGAAACUAAUACAGCAUGUGUCUGGGAAAUGAACAGCUGUACCAUGCUCCCUUUUGUUAUUUCUGGUUGCUUUUAUGAGCAAAGCUUGUCUUGCCUAGCAACAGUUGCUAAGUAAGUUAACAGUGUAAUCUAGAGUCUUGGAGGGAGCACCUGCUCAGAUCUUCCCAAACCCAGUGCCCACACCUCAUAUGGCAGAGGCUUUCGGUACCGCUCUCUGAUGUUAGGCACGUAACCAUUCCCUCAUCAUGGAGAAUCACUUCAUCCUUGUAAGCCUCUAGCAUUGUCCUAAAACCUUGAACCUCUUCCAGCUUUCUUAAACUUCUAGCUUUUCUUCAAACUCCUUUUUCUGUUCUUAAGAGUGUUUUAACUGUACAUAGUAAAAGAUACUUCAAAUCUAAUUAUGAUCAGAACUCCGAAUUACACAAGCUUUGUUUGCUGUGCUGUUUGUAAUAAAAUAAUUCCACCAGCCCCUUUUGGGGAAACCUUCAAACGGAUCCAUGAAUAUAAGCCAUUUAAGACACGCUUUUACACUCACAAAGAUAUACUGGAUAUCGGGACAGAUAUCCUGAGUAAGGAAGAGCAGUUUCAGGAGGCUAUGCUCAAAGAACGUAUUGCAAAAGCAGAAGCUGAAAUAUGGGCUCAGGCUGAUGAACGCCAAAGACAAGCAGUGAAGAAAGCCCUCAAAGAAGCAAAGGACAUGUACAAAAAGAGAAUUCAGGUCCUGGAAGAAGAACAUCAAAAAGAUUUACAGAAAAUGGCAGCUAAGACCAAGAUCGAGUUGCAUCAGAACAUGGAGGACGAGCUGCAGCGGGAACACUUGGCUGCCGAGCAGCGCAUGGUGCACAGGAUCCAGCGGAUCAUGAUGGAAUGCCACUGUGAGAAGGUCCAGGCCGUGCAGGAGGCCCGGGCGGAGGAGAGGCGGGCGGCCCAGGAGGAGAUCCAGGCCCAGAGAAGAAAGGCCUUGGAGGAGCUUGUGAAUACUGGUGUCACGGUUGUUAAGGAUCAGAAGAGUGUGAGCCAACUGAUAAAGCGGAAGGAGCAUGAAAUGAACGUCUACUACUGCAUGGCUCAGAGGCAGGAGCAUGAGGAGGUGCAGGCAAUGCUUCAGGAGGCCGAGAAGACACAUCAGGUCGCGCUUGGAAACGUGACGGAUAAACUGGUCAGCACGCAGGGGGAGCUGCUGUCCAUAGCGAAACAGCUGGGAAUUAUGACAAAUUGGAAAGAUUUCCUGGAGGAAGAGUUACAGGAAACGAGGGCAGCAUUUCAAAAAUACAUCAAUUAUACAUUUCCUAAGCUCUCCCCGGGGCAUGCAGAUUUCCUUCUGCCCGAAAGAAAGAAAACACCUUCCAGUCUUAUCCCUCAGGAGAAUGAAACAACUCUUGACUAGAAGUCUUCAUCUGAAAUUUCACUACAAAAGACAUUGUUCUAAAGACUAAAUAAAUUCACUCAAA